AUGAGCUCCAAAUUAUACGACGUCCUAAUAAUUGGCGGCGGUCCUGCUGGCCUCUCCAUGGCAACCUCCUUGGCCCGACAAGUCUACUCAGCGUUAAUUCUGGAUUCAGGAGAAUACAGAAACGCAAGAGCAACACACAUGCACACCUUUCCAGGUUUCGACCAUGUGAAUCCAGCGGAUUUCCGGGCCAAAGUGCGUGAUGAUCUGCGCAGGCGCUACGAGCACAUCGAGUACAAGACAGCCAAGGUUAAGGAGGUGCGCAAACUGGACAGCGGCAUCUUUGAAGCCAUUGACGAGAAUGGCAAUACAUACAACGGAAAGAAACUCGGUCUGGGUACUGGCGUGCGAGAUAUCAUGCCUUCUGACAUUGAGGGCUACGAAAACUCCUGGGCACGUGGCAUAUUUCACUGUUUAUUCUGCCACGGAUUUGAAGAACGCGGUGCCGAUUCAGUCGGCGUUUUAGCAUCCGGCAUGGUAACAACACCUGAAAUGCUUUCCCACGUCACACCCAUGGCAAAACGCCUCGCAAAAACAACAACAAUAUACACCAACGGGAACGAUACUCUACUAAACCAAGUAAAGCCAAUGCUACACAGCAGCAAAAUCUCCUUUGAUGACAGAAAAAUCGCAAAAUUAGAGCUGGAGAAUGACACUGGGCCAGGUGUGAUUGUACACUUUGCAGACGGGACGAGCAAAAGAGAGGGCUUCAUCACAAAUCACCCACGGGUUGAGCAGCGGUCGCCAUUUGCAGGCCAGUUGGGGUUGGAGACUUCGCAGACGGGGGAGAUUGUUGUUACGGGGCCGUUUAAUGAGACGAGUGUGACGGGGUGUUUUGCGGCUGGGGAUGCGGCUACGAUGAUGAGGAAUGCGGUGCAGGCGGUUCAUAUGGGUGCGUUUGCGGCUGUGGGAGCAGUGGCGCAGUUGAAUCAUGAGUUGGAUGAGAAGGAUGAACUUUGA